UUACGUUCUGUAGCAUUGAAAUUAAUACUUAUGAACUACUUCAUGCAAAAAUGUUUCUUAAUUCUUCUUGUCACAUUUCUGUACUGCACUGCUUUGGCUAAGUCCCUCCCCACCGUCCCAGUCAAGCACUAGUGUUGGUACCGACAGGGUUAAGUGGACUGAAUUGGGAGCCGUGAUUUUCGUUGAGCAAACUCCCACUCCAUGCAGUAGCGCUCCUAGUGUUUAUAGGCGCAAGCGCCAAGACUUUGCUGCGGCAGAGCCCAGCUACAGUGAAGACAGGUUGGGUGUGCUCCGGGAGGAACUCCGAAUUUUGGCGGUUUUAGGGGGAAACCGCAACAUACAACGCCAUGGAUCCCGAAGCAUUCCUCGACCUGGCCAACCAGGUGGUCAAGCUGAAGAUGUUUCCAUAUUUUGACAUCGCGCACAGCCUUCUUUGCGCUCUCCAUGUGCGCGAAGACCUAGGGCCUGGAGCACAAGCUUUCUCCCGGAAGCACCCCUUGUCUUGCUGGCUCUCAACAAUGCUUGUGGUGUUUGCUGGAGGCAUGUUGUGUAAUGCCCUCCUGGGAGAACCCCCUUUAGCUCCUUUGAAAAACACACCACAACUUGUUGUAGCUACCAUAGUGUGGUACGUGGUUUUCUACACUCCUUUUGACAUUGGAUACAAAGCUGCUAAAUUUCUGCCCGUAAAACUUGUUUGCUCUGCCAUGAAAGAAGUUUACAGGUGUAAGAAGGUCUAUGAUGGUGUUUCUCAUGCUGCAAAACUGUAUCCUAAUGCAUAUGUCAUUAUGAUUCUAAUUGGAACUCUGAAAGGAAACGGAGCUGGUUUCCUCAAACUGUUUGAACGACUGAUCAGAGGUGUAUGGACCCCAACAGCCAUGGAAUUCAUGCAGCCAUCUUUCCCAACAAAAGCCUGCAUUGUCGCUUCUGUUAUCUUUGUUCUUGACAAAAAGACAGAUCUCAUUUCAGCACCUCAUGCACUUGUUUACUUUGGAAUUGUCAUCUUCUUUGUCUACUUUAAGCUGUCAUCUGUGCUGUUGGGUAUUCACGAUCCCUUUGUGCCAUUUGAGAACCUCUUCUGUGCUUUGUUCUUUGGUGGAAUUUGGGAUUCUCUUGCCAAGAUCUUGGGCCGUGGUGCCAACAAAGAUGAAAAAGGAGAUACAAAGAAGAAAGACUAAACUCCACACAAUUUUCUCCCAUCAACUGCUAAUUUGAAGUCAGAACCACGUACAACAUUUGAGGCAAGAAGAAUGAGUCAUCAAUCUCUAGUCAGCUCGAAUGAGAAAAACAUACUGUGAGAAUAAGUGAGAAGAUUUGAUACGUACAAGACAAAUGACUUGAACUUUUCUGCUAAAUUGUUUUACUAUUGUUGAAAUUUCACAGCUGUUGCUGAGAUUUAUAAGAGUUCAAUUUUAUAUACAUUAUUUUUAAAGUAUAAUUAGAGAUGAUCUACAAAUGAAGUGUGUGUCAUACAUACUGUUAUGUACACAUUGCUAACUCUCGUAAAGAAAUUUUAUUGUGAAUGAUAUCAAUUGAACAUUCACAUUUUACAAGAUCUGACACCAGAAUCAAAAAAUUAGCCAAACUUAUGUGGGUGCAGUUUGGCCAAGAGAAUUGAUUUCACUGUCUCAUCUUGUUCAAUAUUGCUGUGUGGUGUUUAUACCGUGUGUUUUAUGUCUUUUUUUAAAUAUAUUGUAUUGUGAGAGUGACCAAUUUGUAUUCCAAUUAGUACUACACAAACAACAGGCUUUUCAAAGCAAUUCUUAUGUAUUACAGACAAUGUUAAUUUAAUAAUUUGUUACUCUCUGAAUACUUAACCACACUCAUAGGUUAUUACAGAUUUAUUUCUGUAAUGCAGUUUGAGGAACUUUAUGUAUGUAUGUAUGUAUGACAGUACUACAAGAAGUAGACACAACCCAAUUUCCUACAAAAUAUACACCAAUAAAAGGCACGACACAACUGAAAAGAGUGUUCUUAAUUUUUCCUAACUUAACUUAUGAAUUAUUUGGUGUUUUAUUUUUUAAGUAUUUUAUUUUAUGCAAGAUAAAUUCCAACUUUAUCAUAUUUCAAGCGAAUCAUAUUUACAUAAAGCUUUAAUAAUCUGCC